CUCUCAAGCUAAUGGUUAUAUUUUGAGGUUAUUUCGUAAUAUGUUGAGAAUAUUAUUCGAUACAAAUGGAUUUCUAAACUUGUUAUGAUUUUAUUCCACUCGUAAUAUCAAGAUAUUAAAAAGAUGGCAAUGUUUAGAACUGGCUUCCAAAAACUCACAAACCUCUUCACUACUGGACAAGCUGGUGUAUUGUCUAGAUUUAUAACAAGUCAGCCAAGCACACAGACGCAAGCACCGGAGGUAACCAAGAAUGUUAUUGCCACUUGCAACAAACUAAUCGAAGAUAAAUCAUCUCGUAAUUUUGCUAUUGUACAUCUAUUGGGAAAGCAGUGGAGAGUUAGUGACGGAGAUUUGCUAGUUGUUGAAGGAUAUUGGCCACCAAACAUUGGAGAUAAAAUAUCCUUAGAUAAAGUACUACUUGCUGCCUCAAAAGAUUUCUCUCUAAUUGGAAGACCUCUUGUACAGCCAGGUUUGGUAAAUGUAACUGCAACCGUAAUUUCCAAGGGACUAUCCCACACCAGAACACACUUCAAGAAAAAGAGAAGGAAGCAGUUUAUGAGAAUCAACUUCCAAAGAGCACAACAAACUAUAUUAAGAAUUAACUCGGUUGAAAUUGCUAACAAAAUUAAUGAACCUAAUAAAAGUAAUGUUUUUUAAUAUUAAAGUAGAAGUGAUAACAUAGUACUUUAGAAUAAAACACAAUCAUAAUA